AUGUUGUUCAAACAGUCAACACUCCUGGCCACCACCGCGGCACGGCGCUACAUCCUCACCACAACCCCUAGACAGCUGCUCUCCGCAAACCUUCUUUCUCCUCUCUACCAGCGCAACUACGCCUCCUCAUCAACACCUCACCGAUCCAGCUACCAAGCCUUCCUUCAGGAAACCACCGAACCCUCCUCCUCCUCUUCUUCUUCUUCCUCAGCAACAAACAAAGCCGUACAAUCACCAGCACCUCUGGACAGGGCGGGAUCUCGGGUCCCGUACUACACAGCUCAGGAAUUGGAAGCCAUGACGGUCCAGGAUUUGAAGGCGCUGUUGAAGGAGAAUGGGCUCAAGGUCAAAGGACGGAAACAGGAUCUUGUUGAUCGGAUCGCUCAUUUUGUCCAUCAGCAUCACUCUACUCCGCAUCACACUGCUUCGACCAAGGCUUCUUCUACCUCAGCUACAACAACAAGAACGAAGGCUGUACAGGCGCAGGAUCAAAAGAUCUUAGAGCAGCAGGAGAAAGAGCUCCUCGCAGACGAGCAACAGAUCUGGGGUGGACAGGUCGUGACCCCCAAGAAAGGGAGGCAGGAUUUCGCUGCGUUUACCAAGGCAGAGGUCGAGGCUGCUGUGGAGGCUGCAAAGGCUAAGGCUGAGUCGGAGGCUUUGGUAGAGGCUGCAAAGGUCAAGGUGCUGCGGUUACAGCGUGAACAUGAGGAGAGAUUGAAGGCUCAGCAUGAGCUGGAGCGUUAUCAGAAGGAGAUGCAAGUUGAGAGGGAGCGGAUGGCGAAGGAGGAGGCUCGUCACAAGGCACAACUGGAGAAGGAGCGUCUUCACAAGGUCCAAUUGGAGAAGGAGCGGAUGGCGAAGGAGCAGGCGGAGAAAGAGGCUCGUCAUAAAGCACAACUGGAGAAGGAGCGUCUUCACAAAGCGCAGCUGGAGAGGGAGCGUCUUCUUAAAGUGCAACUUGAGAAGGAGGCCCGCCAUAAAGCACAACUAGAGAAGGAGCGUCUUCACAAGGAACAUUUGGAGAAGGAGCGGAUGGCGAAGGAGCAGGCGGAGAAAGAGGCUCAUCAUAAAGCACAACUGGAGAAAGAAACUCGUCACAAAGCGCAGCUGGAGAAGGAGCGUCUUCAUAAAGAGCAACUCGAGAAGGAGGCCCGCCAUAAAGCACAGUUGGAGAAGGAGCGCCUUCACAAGGAACAUUUGGAGAAGGAGGCCCGCCAUAAGGCCCAGCUGGAGAAGGGGCGUCUUCACAAGGAACAGCUAGAGAAGGAGGCCCAUCACAAGGCACAGCUGGAGAAGGAGCGUCUUCACAAGGAGCAGUUGGAGAAGGAGGUGAAGGCGAAGGAACAGGCGGAGAAGGAGGCUCGACACAAGGAACAGCUGGAAAAGGAGCGCAGGGCAAAGGAACAACACGAGAAGGAACUCCGUCUCAAAGAACAGCAAGCCAACGAGCGCAAGCUGAAGGAACAGCAGGAGAAGGAAGCAGCUGCGCGUGUCCACGCCGAAGAACAGAGACGACUCGAGGAAGUUGCAACACGUGAGGCGGUAGCCAAGAAGCAGGCAGAGGCCGAACGCGCCGCCGCGAUCAAGAAACAAGAAGAUGCAGCUGCAACUAUAGCUGCCGCCGCAGCGGAGGCCUUGAAGAAGGCUCACAUCAAGAGUGCCACUGGGUCCAGCAGCUGUAACAGCAAUAGCAGUGAUGGUGGCGGGAGCAGCACGGGUACAGGAGGCAAGGGUGGAGCCUCGGGAUCAGAUUGGAAACAGGAGAAGACGCCGUUAAGGACCAAGGUUGCGGGUAUGGUGUUGGGCUUAGGUACUGUUGCCUGGUUCCUGUCGGGCAAGCGUGACCGCAAGGCAGCGGUACAAGAGAAGUCAGAGCAGGAACGGCGUCAGCAUUGGACAGACAAGGAGCGCGAGGAGACUGCCUUGAAGGAGAGCAGUACAUUCACUCAGGAGGGUGACGGCAAGGUGUGA